AUGCCGCAAGUAAAAAAACAAAAAAAACUCUACAAACAGCAGCUUCGGGUAACAGAUGGCAGAUUUGGGCCAAAAAAACCAAUAAAUAACAACAAUUUUCAGGUUCCUAUUAAUACCAAUGAUAAUGAAGAGGUUAGUAAUGACGUUGAAUUAGAUGUUGCUGGUUAUAUAGAAGAAGGAUGGGGUGAUGAUGAUGAUAGUAGAUGGGAAGAUGAGAUUAAUUUAGAAGAGGAUAAAGAAAUUCAAUCGAAAUUAAUGACGGUAUUGUUAG